CACACUGUGGGUGUGUCAUGUUGUUACGUUAACUUCGAUUAUAAGACUAAAGUACAUAGUCACCGGUCCAGUGGCACGGUAUGUUCACACUUCAGAGACAUUUGGAUCGUAUGGGGAAAGGAAACUAAGAGUCCAAGAUGGCGAAUGGACCGUCCCUGUCCACUGUCACACGCUCCCUCUCACUGUUGGACGUUCUCCAUGCAAAUCAGUUUGAAGGGAAGUCUUUCAAUCCAGAAAUACUUGAGGAGACGGAGGAAAACUUUUACAGAGGGGCCCCACCCGAAUGGUUAAACUUCCACAUCAGUGAACAGGCAGAGUUAGAUGGCACCGGAUCUCCUUUCAUUAAACGAGAUGGAUACAUUAAACUUGAAAAUCAAAUUCACAAGUUGAGAAAACACCCUGGAAUAUCAACAGUUAAACUGUUCCACCAGCCAGGAUGUGGGGGGACAACACUGGCCAUGAAGGUGUUGUGGGACUUUAGGAAAACUUUAAGGAGUGCUGUUUUAACAGGCUCAACCUCGGACAUCACAAAGGUUGCAGAGGAGGUGGUCCACCUUUUCACAGCAGGCAGUCAAGGCGACCAGAAGACCGUGCUGCUGUUGGUGAAUGGUGUGCAAGUUUUGGAAGAUCUACAAGUAAGCAUUAUGAGGAUGAUUGCUAAUCAGAAGAUAGUCACCGGUAUGCCUGUGGUGGUUUUACUCAGCUGUAUUAGAGAAGAUGCAGAUUUAAAGAGUGAUGACGUCUUCCUUCAAGAAGUGCUUUCUGACUCAGAGAAGAAUCAUUUUAAUGACAAAAAGGCAGAGCUCAACAAGCAGUACGGUGAUAAAUGCCAACGAUUCCAUGGCUUUAACAUAAUGCAAAGCAAUUUUUCUGAGGCUUACAUCCAGGAGGCGUGCUCUGUAUUCAAAACCAUCAAAGAAACAGGAAUACAAGAGAAAACUCAGCUUGCUGCCUUCCUUUCCCUGCUGAACGCAUAUGUACCAGACUCUUAUCUCCUUGAGUCUCAGUGCCUGGAUGUGUUCAAACAUGCCAACUACAGCCAUAGAGACAUAUCACUGGAAGACAUAUCACUGGAAGACAUGCUGGACGACUUUAGCCAUCUCAUUAUCACUAUCCAACAAGGUGGUUCUGAAAAAAGAGUCCGCAUGGCCCACCCUCUGAUAGCACAGUGUUGUACUGAAUUGAUGGCUGAAGCAGGUGUGACCAGAAGUGACACAGCAAAAAACCUCUUGAUAUGUUUGUGCAGAGAUGAAGUCCCUCGAUCUUUGGCUGCUUUUGUGAACUACAUGCUAACCAAAAGAAGACCAAAAGAAAAAGAAUGCAGUGCUUCAGAUUCAUUUUCUCGACUGAUUCUACAUAUUCAAACAAAGGAGGACGCCUCUCAGUGUGUAUCACUUUUAGGGAUGGCAACAAAUAUGUUUGAUCAAAAUCAGAUUUUUCCACAAGCACUUGCUCGUUUUCAUUACAUAGUACUAAGAGACUACGAUCAGGCAGAAAUGUGGGCAAAGGAGGCAAAGCAAAGAGAUCCCAAAAAUUCAGUUGUUGCUGAUACACUUGGCCAAGUCCAUAAGAACCGUCUGAAGAACCUGAGGCGACCGGCCCAACCAGGACACAUUUUGGCUCUUGCCUUAAAGGCCAUUCAAGCAUUCGAAGACGAAGAAAGACUUGCCAAAGAUGAAGUUGGGACAAACGUGAAAAGAAAUGUCCAUGACUCACGUUUCUUUAACAGCAGAGGGAUGUUUGGUUUCCUGCAGGUCUGCAAUCUUGUGUAUGACCUACUUGUCAGUCAGAACCCAACUUGGAGAGGAGUUCUCACGAAGAAGGUGUCUUUGGGCUCGGCCCUGCCAUCUCUUGGAGAUCGCUCACUUUUAAGAUUCAAUGAUCUCAUAUACAGACUCAGAGAUGCAGUUGAGAAAAAAUGUGCUUUUCUUGACGGGUAUCUGACUUACUCCAAGCCUGACAUAAAGGAAGACGAUCCAAAAUACAUUUCAAGACAAACCUCGGCUUGCUACAGGAAGUAUGUUGGAGACUCCACAUCCAGCCAUUUGAAAGAAAAAGGCGCUGAUCUGAUCCAGAAGCUUAAACUCAAACAGGCUGGCACCACUACGGGAGUCCUCUCAUGUCUUGACAGAGAAUGCACUGAAUCGGACCUUAAGGAAAUAACUACAUUGUGGGAGGAAAUCUGUCUUCAUAAAGAUCCGGACACAGCUAUGGUCAACAACAUCUUCGCUCAUAUCAUGUUAAGAAAUAUGGGAGCACCAGAGUCUGAUUGCAAACAUUUAACUGCCUUCAAACAGGAAAUGUACCUCACGGAUAAACCUGAGGCCCAUAUGUUAGCCCUCCUCUUGCACUGGCCUACAGGCAAUGAAGACGCAUGCAUCCUUGACCUCAGUGCAAUGAUUAAGCGUACGCAAGACCUGUAUAAACAAGCAUAUGCGAAACACUUUCGCUCAAGGUACCUUCGCCCUCUGUUUUUCCUCGGAAAAGGUCAAGAACUGAACAGGAUAGUUCACAGAACUGUCCUAGAGGAGUUGGCUCGUCAGGGCGAUUGGGAGACAAUGCAAGAUUGGAGCGAUGAAAAGAUUUUCCAAGAUCCAUGGAUCAAAGAACGCCUUCUUAAAGUUCAAGGGGAGAUACGAGAGUACAGACUCUUUGCAACUGUUGAUGGGAAAGAGAUCGAGGUGGUUGCAAAUCUCCAAAACAGCCUCUGGAGAAAACGCAAGGUUUCCUUCUACCUUGGAUUCACCAUCAAAGGUCCUGUAGCAUUUGCCAUCCAGACUGAAACUGCAGACACGAAGGAACUACUCUCAGAGAUGGAUUCCUCCAAACAAUGUGGGUUGUUGAAGUUUGGAGCUUGUGGCGAUGAAAUGGAUGCCAGGGAUUUGACAAAACUUAAACCUGAAGUCAACAGAGUGGAUGAGGUUCAAACCUAUAGGAGACUACCAAAAUAAAGCGCUGAUCAUUAACAAACAUUUCGUGGAUCGCCAUCAGGCAGCUCUGAUAAACAGUGAACGAUACAGAACCUUUCCUGGAUUAACUCAAGGAAAAUAAGGUGAUCUCUGAGACCUACGAUGUGAGUUGUUUCGACAGGAUGAAGAGUGGGGGGGGGGGGCUCUUGUUUCUGAGCUUCAGGGAUCAGAAUGAAGUAUGGGGAAGUAAAAGGUUGUAUUGUUAUGGACGAUUGAAGCAUCUGCUGUGAAAAUCAGUGCCACGGUACAGUUUAAUAUCAUCAGCACUCAGAAGACCAGAGUGACGAUAUGUAGCUCCUUAAACUCUUUUAAAAAGUACCUAUUUUAGUGAUUUAUUAGUGGAUUUGUGAAAACCCUGAAAGUCAUGACUUAUUUUUUAUAUAUUUUUCAUAUAUUAAUAAUAUAUAAUUAUUUUUUAUUAGAGUGUUUUUUCAAGGCACUCAAAGCGCUUUAUAACUACACAUUAGACAUGUAUAUAUCUUUCUUUCCAUGUUUAAUAUCUUAGGUGAUGUAAACCCAAUGUAUGUCCAGUUCAAAAGACAGAUAUUAUGUUGAAAUACUUUUUUUUAUCUAUUGCAGUUCUAAAGCUUUUGUGAGUAGAUUAAUUCAUCAAAGAAAUGAGAGAAAGAAUCUUUGACUUUUGAUGUUGUAUUGCAACGUGCUUGACUUAAUGUACAUAAUGUUAGGUUUGUAUGACUAAUGAAGAGAUUGAAGUUUUUUUUGUUGGUUUGGUUCUUUAGUGCCAAAAAAUAAAUAAAUGGUAUGUCGUUGAAAUGUUAAAACAAAUAAAGUAACUGUAAUUUGAGCAGUAAAUAUGA